UUUCAGGGCACGCCGCCAGGCACUCCGAACGAAAAACUGGGCCUACCUCGCUUUCCCAGUAGCGAUCACAACAAUGUCGUCGUCAAAUGAUGCGUUGGAGACCAAUGCAGAUGGCUAUGAUGAUCCUGCAACUGAUGGAGGGGCUAGCAGCUCUGGCCCGGCGCUCGAAGUCGAUAGUGAGGAGCAGAGCGACGAGCGCGACUCUGCUCUUGGUGACAACCGGUCUUCUUAUACCAUGUCCGCGACGUCUUCCGUCUUCAACUUUCGCUAUGAAAACGGCCGACGGUACCACGCUUACUGCGAGGGCAAGUAUCCAGUGCCCAAUGACGAGGUUUGCUCCCAUGCUACCACCGUCCCAGGCAGAACAGCUGCUCACGCCGUUGUGCUAGACCGAGGCCGACAGACUUGAUCUCCAACAUCAUGCCUUCCGCCUCAGCCUCGACGGUA